AACCAAACAGUAAAUGCAGAAAGGUUGCUAGAAGCAUAGUGAUUUCAUAGUAAUUUCAGCUAAUAAUCCAGUGUUGUUUGAUAACAUAAUAAUUGUAAAGGAAAGUGUAACACGUUUUGGUGCAAAGAUUACAAAAUGAGUAAAAUCAGAUGUAUUCGUCCAUUCAAAGACAUUCAGUGUUCGAAAGAGCUGCGAUAUCUCACGGAUGGUAUCAUCCAAAAACUAAAGUCAAUUGGAUUUUCCAAGGUAUCCACACUGAACACCAAGGAUUUUCGUAUUUGUUCGUCUUGCCGUCUACAUAUUGAUUCAAGAGCUCACCUCACCCAAAACGAAGAACAAAGCGUAGCCGGUGGCUCAAGGAUGCCAACUGUUCGGACCAUACCUGUUGUACCUGAUUCGCAAAGCUAUGAAAGUUUGGUCACGAUACCAUCAGCGUCAACGCUAAGCACAAUUCAAUCAAAUGAAGACUUCACGAUGCCUGUAGACGUCGAAAUAUUCAACCGAGGAAUAGCAGCUAUUCGUGUUUCGCCUAUAGAUUUAGGUAAGGUUAAAAAUGUUCACUAUCCUGAAAAAAAGUGCGCUGAAAUCGUCGAAGGUGUACGAAGAAAUCUUUUUAAAUUAGACGCUAAAACAGAAAAAGCAAACGAGUUUAAUGAAGUCAUAGAAAAUAUGAAAAUUAAAUUUUUAAAUUCAGCCACAAGGCAAGAAAAACUAUCAAUUUUAUCAUUGUUACCAAAAUCAUGGUCAGUACAAAAAAUUGUAGACGAAUUUAAAACUAGUAGAAAUAUGGCAUCAGAUGCAAGAAAGGAAAAAAAUAAUGUAUUAGAUUCAUCUCAAGGUUCAAGCUCUGGAAAAGCUUUGAGUAAUGAAACAAAAGAACUGGUUUUGAAUUUUUUUGAGGACGAUGAUAUAAGCCGUGCAAUGCCAGGCCAAAGAGAUUUUGUUAGCGUAAGGACAGGAAAUAAGAGAUUAGCUGUUCAGAAAAGAUUGUUAAUGAUGACAUUAAGAGAAGCUUUUAAUCGCUUUAAUGAAGUGUACGUCAAUGUAAACAGUGAUGGCAUUUCACUAGAGUUCGGCACUGACGAGCGAGAGAACCGGCCUCUCUGAGGAUGCAUGUACCGUAUCACCAGGGAGACAAAGAGAAUGUUUUCACUGGUAGUUGAAACUAUUCAGUGCGAGAGAGUGCCGGUAAAGCAAAGCCAUAGAGCGAAACUGAACUCACCACCCAAGAGAAAUAUACUUUCUGCGCACCUCAGUUCUCUCACACCAACCUACUUAUGGGAUCACCCACACGCGCGUGUACACUGUAGUGAGCCCACUCCAGAGCAUCACUCUGAAGAAAUUUUCUCUGGUUGGUGAAAGCAAAGCAGCGAGUGCAGUUUGUUUGCAAGCAUCCGCGGCAUUGUA